GGGCCGGUCCAGAAGCGGUCUGCCACUCCGACAGACCUCAAGGCACGACGUGGAGGAUUAGAACAAGAUGAAUAUAGAAGUGAUCCUGCUUGCGGCUCUGGGAGCCUGCGUGGCGUAUUCCCUCCCACCGGAAGAGGUAUCUGCUAGUCACAUUAUCAAAGCAAGAAGCAUCGACCUCAAUAACGCAUAUGGGCUCGCUAUGGAAACCCGUUUGGAGAAGAUCGUGGAGCCGACUGGAUACAAGCUGGACUUAGAGCCGUUCCUCGACGACGGAGUCUACAGAGGAACCGUGAAAAUUCAACUGAAGUGGCUGCAAGAGUCCGAUGAGCUCAGUUUGCACUGUGACCAUGAGCUUGGCAUUAGCUUUUGGGACGUACAAGCGUAUCCAGCGUCUGACGCGGAACAUCCAGUAGAACGUGUCGUUGUGAAGGAGCUUCGUAUGGACGUCAAAAAGCCGAUAUUAACUUUGUAUUUCGAAAAACCGAUCCCCAAGGGAACCGAAGGACAUAUAGAGUUGACGUAUCGAGGCAAUAUUCACAUGGGUGUCACCGAGGGAUUCUUCAAAUCUACGUACACGACAGAUCAGAGUGAAGAGAUUAUGGUAGCAGCCACACAGCUUCGUCCAAACAACGCGCGGCGUAUGUUCCCCUGCUUCGACGAGCCGGGAUACAAGACCCCGUUCGAAAUCAGCGUAGCACGACCCCGGAACAUGGUAGCCCUCAGCAAUACUCCGAUCGCGAGAACCGAGAAUAUAACCGGAGAACCGAAUGCAGUGACGGAUUACUUCGAGGUAACGCCUCCGAUGUCCACGUUUACUGUUGGUCUAGUCAUCGCCGAUUUAAAGCAACUGGGUAACACUGUGCAUUACAAGGAUGACAAUGGAAACGAUAUUGAACUGCGCGUGUGGGGACGAAAAGAAUACCUUCAAGCGUUGGACGGCGUCGGCGAAAAAUUCCUCAAAGUGUUCAGUGAGGUAGCGAACAUGUGGCAAAUUCCUUUACCGCUAAAGAAAUUGGAUAUGGUCGCAUUACCAAACUACCAGGGCGUCAGGCCGGCUGAUAACUGGGGCCUGAUAGUGUUCAAAGAGAGCGAGUUGAGCAACUGUAAAACUGUCCUUCUAGUCAAUGAGGUACUGUACCAGUGGUUGGGAGUGUACGUGACUCCUGCUUGGUGGUCCGACGCUCAUAUAAACAAAGCCUUAGUCAAUUCUUUGGCUGUUGAGAUUUAUUUUAAGAUCAACAAUGGCUCGGACAUGGACGGAGACCGGCCCAUCGGUGGCCUUUACUCUAUUUACUAUGAGUACAGCAAACGUUAUCCGCAUUCAAGAAUAACUGGUAUAAAGCAAGACGCUAUUGCGACCAAAAUAACAUUACUGUUCAGGACAUUGAACUAUACACUCGGUGGAAAUACACUGAAGAAAGGCUUAAGGACUUUCUUGCUUGAACAUAAAUACAAGACUUUUGUUGGUGACGACAUAUGGAAUGCGCUAACUAAAUCUGCUAUUGACGACGGUAAAAUCAGCAAAGACAUAGAUCUGAAAAUUGUAGCCAAGAGCUGGAUCGAGAAAGAUCGAUUGCCAUUUCUGACUGUUGAAAGGAAGAAUGAUGGGAAGACUGUUGUACUUACUCAGAAAGUAUUCCUACGAGAUCGUCCACACGACCUUCCAGACGCGGACAGGUUGACGUGGUGGCUCCCGGUUGUGAUCGUAAGAGAGGAUAAUCUGGACUUCAGUAAAACUACCCCAUUAGUUUGGAUGAAGAACGUAAAGGAAUUGACUAUCAAUGAUAUGCCAACCAAGGACAAGUUCAUUAUUAUCAACUCCGAAGAGAUCGCACCUUACCUUGUGAACUACGACAAGGACACUUGGUAUCUCUUAUCCAAGUUCCUGCAGAGUGAAAAGCGCACACAGAUCCCAGCCAUAACCCGAGCCAAACUUUUACACGACGCAUGGAACUUGGCUUAUGCCGGUGAACUCUCCUUUGCCACUGCGCUGAAUAUGACUUUAUUUUUGAAGACGGAGGAAGACCAUUUGGUCUGGGAGGCUGUGUUUCCUAUGCUGGAUCAUGUCGGAAGGCAUAUUUGUAUGUGUAUUCAAGGAAAAUUCCAGGCAUACGGUAGACAUCUUUUGUUGCAAAUCUAUGAAAAACUAGGAAAAGAAGAGAAGGAAGGCGAAGAGAAGUGGAAAACGAAUCUGAGGUGCACUGUGAAAAGUUUUCUUUGCAGCAACGGGUACAAGCCUUGUGUCAAGGACGCCCAGGAACACUACGCUAAAUGGAUGCAAGCUAAGAAUCCUGAUGAAGGAAACCCAAUUGCAAACCAGUACAUUGGCCCGGUCUUCACGUACGGUACCAGAAAGGAAUGGGAAUUUGGCCUUCAGCGCGUCAUCAACUUUCCUCCGUCGAGGAAGCAAAGUGAAAGAACUUACCUCCUGAAGACUUUAGCUGGCUGCCCCAUUGAAGAGUACAAGAUUAACAGGCUCCUGAACAUAACGCUGCUGGAAGGAAACGGCAACUUCACUGAUACGGAUCUCUUCCUCAUAUUCAGUAUGCUUACUGGUGGAUCACAGGGGUACACGACCCUGUUCCAUUUCUUGAACAACAAUUGGGCAGUUUUAAAGGAGAAGUUCGCGAGCAAAACGAAUCUAUGGGACAGUCUGAUUUCGGCAGCCACAGGACAAUUCACGACCCAAGAGGGACUCGAUCUAGUGUCCAACUUAUACGUAGCUCACCAGGGCGAAUUCGGGUCUGCCGAACACAUCAUAGAGACUUCCAUGAAGAAGAUACGCGAAGAAGCCAAAUGGUCCAUCGAGAACAUACCGGUCAUAGAAAAAUGGCUCGAUGACUAUCUAGCUAGAUACGGAGUCAAAGACGAAUUGUUGGUUCAAAACUAAUGAUAUCACGAAAUUUAUAAAAACGAUGGGUUCUUACGAUUUUAAAAUUUAUUGAAAUGCAUUAUUUGGUUUAUUUAAAAAGAAAUGCGUCUUUAAAGGGUUCAGAAAAAAAGUGUGUUCCGUGAGUUCAAAGCUAUUUAUGAAGUUCAUCUUCUACUCAUAUUAUCCAUAUAGAUGCAUAGCACUAAAAUAAUGGGAAAUCAAUAAAUUUUAAAUUAGUAGCAAGAAUCCAUCGCGUUAGCAUUCUUUACAUUAGAAAUUGCUCUUUAAUUAAUUGUAUGACUUUAUUCUUCAGUUAGUGUCACUUUUUUUUCUCUAAUAUUAGGACGACGAAUGUUUAUAGAUGUUCAUUAUGAUAUCAUUGUUUAUAGGAUAGGUGUACUUGUAGAUUUUGCAGACAAUAAUUAUAAAUCUAGAAUUUAUUUUAAACAGGAAUUUAUUUGUAAAAGCACUUGUAAACUAUGUGUUUAUAGUUAAUAAAUUUGUAUAAAA